AUGUUCACCGCCCCCAAGACCCCCCAGCGCCCCACCACCUCCUCCUCCGCCGCCGGCGCAACAGUCCCCGGCGCACCCCUCCGCGAGAUCCCCCCCUUCCACCGCCCCACCACCACCAGCACCACCACCGCCGUCUCCACAGCGUCAACAGCGCCGUGCACUCCCCCCCGUGGACGGGUGCCGCUCCCGGCACUGACCGCCCCGCCGAACCAGAAGACGCUCAACUCGCUGGGCAAGAUGCGGUACCGCUGGAACGACCCGAGCCUGGGCGCACGGUACCGCGGUGUCGAGAAGGACCUCGGCGCGAAGGGGAGCACGGCGGAUUAUGCGUAUCCGGUGCUGCAGAUGGGGAGUGAGCCGGCGAGGGGGGUGGUGAGGAGGAGGAGGGAGGGAGGGGGAGUUUAG